AUGGCGGCACGCUGGAGCAGCGAGAAUGUGGUGGUGGAGUUUCGGGAUGCCCAGGCUACAGCCAUGUCAGUGGACUGCCUGGGCGCCAACGCCGUGCUGUCCGGCCGCCGCUUCCUGUACAUGGUGGACCUGGAGGCCCCGUCAGAGACCGCCCGGAAGAUCGGGCGUCACAGCAAGUGGGAUGUGGGGACAGUCCAGUGGAACCCGCACCGCUCGGAGGCCCACCUGUUCGCCGCCUCGAGUAACCAGAGGGUGGACCUGUACUCCUGGAGGGGCGGCUGUGGAGACGCCCACACCUCCCUGCUGGGCCACACCCGGGUCAUCAGUGACCUGGACUGGUCCUGGUUCCACCCAGAGCUCCUGGUCACCAGCUCGGUGGACACAUACAUCUACAUCUGGGACACCAGAGACACCCGGAAGCCCACGGUGGCGCUGUCUGCUGUCGCCGGAGCCUCCCAGGUGAAGUGGAACCGGAGGAACCAGAACCUGCUGGCGUCCAGCCACGACGGGGACGUCCGGAUCUGGGACAAAAGGAAACCCAGCACGGCGGUGGAGUACAUGGCGGCCCACCUGUCCAAGAUCCACGGCCUGGACUGGCACCCGGACAGCGAGUGGGUGCUGGCCACCUCCAGCCAGGACAACUCCGUCAGGUUCUGGGAUUACCGGCAGCCGCGGAAGUACCUGAACAUCUUGUCCUGUCAGGUUCCGGUUUGGAAGGCCAGGUACACGCCUUUCUCCAACGGGCUGGUCACCGUCAUGGUGCCCCAGCUGAGGCGGGAGAACAGCCUGCUGCUGUGGAACACGCUGGAGCUCAACAGCCCCGUGCACGCCUUCGUGGGCCACGACGACGUGGUCCUGGAGUUCCAGUGGAGGCCCCAGAAGGAGGGCUCCAAGGACUUCCAGCUGGUGACCUGGUCCAGAGACCAGACUCUGAGGAUCUGGAGGGUGGAUCCCCAGCUGCAGAAGCUGUGUGUCAACGAGCUGGUGGAGGACCUGAUGGAGGGACUGGCCCUCAACGUGGACUCAGAGAAGACCCUUUUGGCCCAGGAGCCUGAGGGCCUGCAGGGGGGGGGAGCAGCUAGCCUGCAAGACCCGGACGGCCCCCUGAACUCUGGGGGGCGCCAGGAUUCGAGUUCAGGUCUGGCGCAGACCCUGCAGCAGGAGUUCUCCCUGGUCAACCUGCAGAUCCGCAACGUCAACGUGGAGAUGGAUGCGAUGAACCGCAGCUGCGUGGUCUCCGCCCACUUCGGCAGCCAUCAGGUCCACCUGGUGGUCAAGUUCCCGGCCCAGUACCCCAACAACGCCGCGCCCAGCUUCCAGUUCGUCCCCCCCACCACCAUCCCCUCCGCCACCAGGACCAAGAUCCAGAAGGUCCUGAGGGACACGUCCCUCCAGAAGGUGAAGAGGAACCAGAACUGCCUGGAGCCCUGCGUCCGCCAACUGGUGUCCUGCCUGGAGUCCGACAUGACGCAGGAGGACAGCCCGUCGUCUGGCCCCUACAUCCUGUCCACUCCUGCCUUUCCUCGGGUCACCAACACCUAUGGGUCCUACCAGGAUGCCAACAUCCCAUUCCCCCGGACGUCCGGCGCUCGGUUCUGCGGGACCAGCUGUCUGGUGUACUUCACUCGGCCAAUCACCAUGCACCGCUCGGCCCCGCCCACUGAGCCCACACCCAGGUCCCUGUCGGCCCUGUCGGCCUAUCACAGCUCGGUCCUGACGCCCCUGAAGAUGCGUUCAGAGUCCCAGAACACGCUGCGGCUGUACAGCAGCAGCCCCACCCGCUCAGACAAGGACACCGUGUCCAUCUCCUCCUUCUACUACAAGGAGAGGGUGUGUGUGGGCGGGGCUUCCUCCUCCGGUAACCGCGGCCUUUUCUCGCUCUGCUGCUUCUGUCCUGCUCCUGACUGGAAGCUGGACGGAGGACUGGACCUAAACGGGUGA